ACCUGAUUUCUGAAUGCAACCCAUUUUGGCCGCACUUCCCGCUAAACUCUAACGAUCGGUUCUGCCACUUUUACCAGUCUUUCUUUUCCGUCAGAGAAAAUGCACCGACGCAACAUGCGCGAUAAGUCUGUUUCGACCAGCUUUUAUCUAUCCGUUCUCUUCCUCCUCCCUCUUUUCGCACAUCCGCCGGUAUUCGCGCACGAAUGUCCGUCGCUGCAAUGCGGCAUGAUGCGGCGCGGGUACAUCUGGGACCACGACGCGUGGGGCAACUUGGGCGAGCAGGAGAUUAAGGACGAGCGGCAGAAGGUCCAGGCUUGCGCGAUGCUGUGCGCCGCCUCGCCGGAAUGCUACAUUUGGCAGCUAAGGGUGGUGGAGGAAGGAGCAUUCUGCCGCAUGUGGCGGGAGGAGCAGAGCCCGUGCCUGGCGGACCCGACGGACGGCGCCAACCCCGUCCACUACAACCCCACGCCCCCCUGGAAGGGCGUGUUCGGCUUCGGGGGCGGCUGCAACCGCAGCAAGCGCGGGCGAGGGACCGACCCCACACCAGCAGGGCAGAGAGGGGCUGGGGCGAAUGCUACAGCGGUGGCAGGAGGGAUGGGGGGAGGUGGGCCUGUGUCGAAUGGAGGGAGGGAGGGACGGUCCCGGCAGCAGGGGUAUGAGGGGAAGCAUCAGGAGUUGGAGGGGCAGCAGCAGACGUCUCAGGCGCACGCGGCAGGGGCGGGAGGGCGGCUACCGAUGCUGACAGUGGAAGGAGCGGCCGGGAUGAAAAGAGUCCCCAACGCCACAGCCUCCUGCCCUGACCUCAUGUGCAAUGUGGCACUCAAAGGCUUCAUGUUCGACCAUGAAGGGAAGGGCCAUCUGGGGGAGAAUACAACUGGUCCGGCCAACCGUGCCCACAGCUGCUGGAUUAUCUGCCGUAAAACUGAGGGCUGCGCUUUCUGGAUGUAUCAUCGAGAGAAACCACAAGGUCGGUGCACAAUGUGGAGUGAGAAACAAGACCCAUGCAAGCCUACAGAUCCCAAUGACCCUACGACCACACGGUUCCGGCCAUGGCCAGACAGGGAAUACCUUGUUGGAGGGCAUUGCAAGGGAGGUGCCACGCCUUUUGGGCAUGUGGUGCGCCGCAAAGGUCCUUAGAAACAUAGGCACACUAAAUAAGAAACAUACCACUUAUGGGAGUCCUGUUUUGUGUAACAUCAUGCUUCGCAAUUUGGUUCGCAGUCAACGUG